AUGCUUUAUCGACAACCAAGUUCACCAAACCAACUGUUGCUACAUACAUCAUGUGCAGAAGAUCUUUAUUCAAUUUAUCAUCUUCAACGUCAUUUAUGUUGGUAUGAGUCUAUAUUAUGGCCUGAAGAUAUGAAGCAAAGUCAUGGUCGAAUACAUGUAUUUUUUUCUGAAGACGAUGAUAUUGUACCUACGUCAUUUAUAAAUGAUUAUCUAGAAAAAUCUAAUAUUGAUACAACUGUACUUUCUGACUUUAAACAUGUGUUAUCGAAUUUAAAAAUUGGACUUCUUGGUGCUGGUCGUAUGUCCCAAGCACUUGCACGAAGUCUUAUCGAACGAAAUGUUGUUUCAUCUAAAGAUCAAAUUAUGGCAAGUGAUGUUGAUGAAAACCAACGAAAUAUAGUUGCAUCUCAAUUAGGUAUUGUUACAACAGCUGACAAUCGAGAAGUAGUAAAGGAAAGUGAUCUACUCAUAUUAGCUGUUAAACCAAAAGAUGUCGAAAGUGUUUUGAAAACUAUUCGAGAACCAUUACUUCCACAUUAUCAUCUACUUGUUUCAAUUGCUGCUGGAAUUAGAACAACAACUAUUGAACAAUUACUUAAACCAAACAGUCGUGUAAUACGUGUUAUGCCGAAUGUGGCUUGUUUAGUUAAUGCUAGUUGUAGUGUCUAUUCAUCUGGAAAAUUUGCUACUACAGAUGAUCGAUCAGUCGUAAAUACAAUAUUUUCAUCUAUUGGUUCAUGUGAAGGUGAAAUCGAUGAAAAUUUACUUAAUGCUGUUACUGCUCUAAGUGGUAGUGGACCAGCUUAUUUUUCUGUAUUGGUUGAAGCACUUGCCGAUGGUGGAGUAAAAUCAGGUUUAAGUCGAUCAAUGGCAUUAACAUUAGCUAUAAAAACGAUGUUGGGUACAGCACAACUUUUACUUGGUAAAGAACAACCAUUUCAUCCAAGUCAAUUAAAAGAUGCAGUUGCUAGUCCAGGUGGCACAACCAUAUAUGGACUUGAAAUGAUGGAAAAAGCUGGUAUUCGUGCAGCUUUAAUGGAAACAGUAACAGCCGCAACUAAUCGUGCAGCUCAAUUAGAAUCAUAA